CUCUCAACGACCAUGGCGCUGUUCCCUCCAUUGACGUCUGCUGACAUCCUGGCCUUCCAAUUCUCUGCAUGGUACCCGGCAUUUUCGUCACUGACGAUAAAAUCCACUGUGAUUCGACCGCUCCCGACUGGCUUUCACGAAUACCUGCACUCUGAUGGCGUCUUCGUCCCAGUCGGCGCAGAUGAUGUGCCCGUCGAAAGCACCCUCUCUGACGACGAGGACUCUGGCGAUGAAGAAGAAGAGUUUCCAAGGUUCGCUUUCCCGGAAUUAGACGAUAAAAUCCGGGAAUGCCUUCGACAAUACGGCGCUGUCUUCCCCAAGCUCAACUUCUCGUCUCCUCAGGAUGCUGCAUGGGUGCUCCCUGCUUCUUCACCUCUGAAGUGCACAUCUCCUGCGGAUGUCUAUAUGCUACUGAAAGCGUCCGACUUUAUGACCCACGAUAUUACACCCGACUUGGUUUUCGACGGAUGCACAGAGACAGAGAGUGGCGCAAAAGACCGGGGCUACCAGCUUGAGCUGGUGCUUAGAAAGUGGUAUCCUGUGGACAAAAGCCGCGAAUUGAGAUGUUUUGUGCGCGACAACGCCCUAAUCGCGAUUUCUCAGCGUGAUACUAAUUAUUAUGAAUUCCUGAACGAUCCAACUUCUCAGAGGAACAUCGUCUCAACGAUCCAAAACUUUUGGGAAACAAACAUUCGGGACAAAUGGACAGGACCCAAACAUUAUAUAUUCGAUUUCUUAUUGACGCGUGACCUCUCCAAGGGACACAUACUGGAUUUCAAUCCUUAUGCACCACGGACGGACUCAUUGCUGUUCAGUUUCGAGGAGUUGGUCACAGUCAGCCCUCAAUCCGAGCCCAUAUUCCGCGUGAUCGAUUCACGGGCACAUCCUGCUGCGAGUUCGAAUGCGCCGGCCAACCAGCAUAACAUGGUCCCAUUUGAGGCGCUCAGCCUGAGCAGCGGGCUGGAUAUUCAGGAAUUUGCAGGCAAAUGGAAGGAUGAGAUCCAGAAAAGUGUAGCGUAG